AUGGUCAAAAACUUCCGUCUACUGAAGAAUGCUAAAUAUUCCGAACUUUUUGGGAAAUUCGGACGACUUGCAUUCAAUCCAAUUCGAGGUUCCGGGAUGACAAAGGGCGGUUCUGUUCGGGAUCGGAGUGUCACUAUGAUGCUGCUCGCCAUUGUCGGCAUAUUCCUCUGCUGUAACUGCCUGGCAUUCUGCAACAACAUCUAUGAAAUCGUUCGUGAUACUCGUGCUCAUAUUGAGAGCAACGUGACGCACAUCGAACCAAGCAAAAGCAAUCAGGACGUGUUCGACUUCUCCGUGGAAUUAAGCAACAUUCUGAUCUCAUUGAACUCCUCCUCAUCAGCGUUUGUCUAUCUCGUCUUCAGCUCGAAAUAUAGAUCAAUUGUCAAGCACUGGUUAGGAUUGGAACGGCGAAAGAAGAUCAAUGGCGUCGCCAUCACAGCCGCUAUGGUGGCACAGCGAGCACUGGAACUGUCAUUCCUACCGGACGAAGCAGGAGCCGAAGAAAGAGGCCGCACUGACAACAGUCUUCAAAAUAAUGAUUGUCAAAAGGGUCCGUUGAAGGUGAACCAGACGGAGGCUUCUUAUCAGAAUCAGGACGUGUUCGACUUCUCCGUGGAAUUAAGCAACAUUCUGAUCUCAUUGAACUCCUCCUCAUCAGCGUUUGUCUAUCUCGUCUUCAGCUCGAAAUAUAGAUCAAUUGUCAAGCACUGGUUAGGAUUGGAACGGCGAAAGAAGGUCGGUCGAAUU